UGCGGCGCCUCCCCCGCCCGCGCGCCCUUGCUCCGCGUCCGGCCCGCCUCGCCCCCGCGCGGCCUCUCCGCUUUCUCUCCCGCUUCGCUCCGGCCUCUCCGAGUCUGCAGCGGGGCGCCGGGAAGAUGGCGGCGCGGGGAGGCGGCGCGGGGGGCGCGGGCUCGGGAUCCGGACCCUCUGCUGGGACGGCGGGGGAGGCCGCGGAGCCCGCGCUGCGCCCGGGGGAGGUGGCUGCGCUGCACCCCCAGGAGGUGGCUGCACGGCUGCAGCGGAUGCGACGGGAGCUGAGCAACCGGCGGAAAAUCCUAGUGAAAAACCUGCCCCAGGACAGCAGCUCCCAGGAGGUUCAUGAGUUAUUACAGGACUAUGAGCUAAAGUAUUGCUAUGUGGACAGGAAUAAACGAACAGCUUUUGUUACCUUAUUGAAUGGGGAGCAGGCGCAGAGUGCGAUUCAGAGGUUUCAUCAGUUUUCUUUCCGAGGCAGAGAGUUGACAGUGCAGCUGCAGCCCACAGACGCUCUCUUGUGCAUCACCAACCUGCCCGUCUCCUUCACCUUAGAAGAGUUUGAAGAACUCGUCCGUGCCUAUGGCAACAUCGAGAGAUGUUUUUUGGUCUACAGCGAAGUUACUGGCCACUCCAAAGGCUACGGGUUUGUGGAGUACAUGAAGAAGGACUUUGCUGCCAAGGCCAGACUGGAGCUACUGGGCAGGCAGAUGGGAGCCUCGGCGCUCUUUGCACAGUGGAUGGAUGUUAAUCUCUUGGCCUCGGAGCUCAUCCAUUCUAAGUGCCUUUGUAUAGAUAAACUCCCCAGUGACUACAGCGAUUCGGAAGAGCUCUUACAACUUUUUUCCGGUAUCCAUAAACCUGUGUUCUGCCAGCUUGCACAGGAUGAAGGAAGUCACGGUGGUGGCUUUGCAGUGGUUGAAUAUAGCACUGCGGAGCAUGCCGAAGAGGUUCAGCAGGUGGCAGAUGGCAUCACCAUCAAGGGGAGCCAAGUUCAACUGUCCUUCUGCGCCCCAGGAGCACCAGGGCGAAGCACUCUAGCAGUCCUCAUAGCAGCUCAGCGCGCGAUGCACAGUCAUCAAAAGGGAUUACUGCCAGAACCCAAUCCGGUACAGAUUAUGAAAAGUUUAAACAAUCCUGCCAUGUUACAAGUUCUUCUGCAGCCCCAGCUAUGUGGACGAGCCAUGAAGCCAGUUCUCGGAGUCGCACCCAGCUUAUCUCACCUGCUGAGUCCGUCCCUCCCCUCCGCCAUUUUACACUUCAGUAAAGCACAGCAGAGCUCAGCUGUGGGUAAUACGUCGUCCUUAAUCCUUCAGAACCUGUCUCCCUUGCCCUUGAUACAGCAACAGUUGAUGAAGUUUGACAAUGCCCACACUAACAAUAAGCCUGGCUUGCUGGGAGAGCCUCCUGCCAUGGUACUGCAGCCUGCUCUGGCAAUAGGGCCACCGCUUCCACUGAAAACGGACCUGGGACACCAUGGCGAAGCACACAAAACGUCUAACCUGAUUCCACCUCAGACGACACUGGCAGCCGGGCUGGGCAUGCUGCCGUUCUUCUCAAACCAGCUCCCUGCUGGACAAGCCGGCCCGGGGCGUGGGACCACUCAAGAGAAACAGUCAGCCUCUGUGAGCAUCAGCGAAGCUAGCUUCUCAGGGUCGCAGCAUUACCUGCAGACCUUCCCAGGCCUUCCUACUGGAGGCCCGCUGACAGGCAACCAGAAGGCACUGCAGAGCCAGCCAAAAGGCACAGAGGCUGCCUCUAAGAAUCAGACUUCACUCUUGGGAGAACCACCAAAAGAGAUCCGGCUCAGUAAAAAUCCAUAUUUGAAUUUGGCAAGUGUGCUACCCAGUGUGUGCCUAUCCACUGCAGGUAAAGGCAUGCCUCCGAAGACUGGAAUUGCGAGCAGCAUUCUGGAUGCGAUCUCUCAGGGAAGCGAAUCCCAGCAUGCACUGGAGAAGUGCAUUGCCUAUUCUCCAUCUUUCGAGGAUUAUGCCCAGGCGUCCUCCUUGAGGAAUGAGAAGCGAGGCUCCUCCUAUCUCAUCUCUGCCCCAGAAGGAGGCCCGGUAGAACUUGCUGGCCAGCACCCUCAGGACACCGGAGUGAGCUACACAGAAACCUACUUGAAAAAGAAGCGUGUGUACUAAGCUCCGUGUCUCCUGCCCGCCUGCUGCGGUCCGGUCUGGUCCACCGCGGCACCUGCUGCUCAUCGCUGCCUUAACUUCAUUCACACUAGCCAUAUCCUUUCAAUACGGGUGUCUGACUUCCCAGAAGGAACUGUCAUGCAGCAGGCAGAUCAGCCAAAUACCCACCUAGCAAUAAGAAACACCACUGGCCGAGGGCAUUUCCACUAGCAUUAGAUGUGUCUUAAUCCACGUGAUAACGACUCCGCUCACAGGAGAGUCCGCAUUCCAAUAGUCCUUGUUUCGGGCCUGGGAACAAUUUUGACAUCAUAUAUAAAGUCUGAAGCAAUAACUGGGAAACUGUUUUGUUUCCUUAGCCUUAGAAUGAAUUUCGUAUAAGCCAAUGUGCAUUUACCUUACUCUCCCCUAAGAAUAGUCUCAUCUGUAGUCUUUCCUUAAACUGCAAGGGUGGCGGUACCACCCAGUGAUGACGACAGAUGCUCGUCAUGCAGACUCCAUUAGCUCUACAAAGCCACAUAAUCCCAACCCAGGGGCAGAGUGAAAGUGAUGUGACUUCAGAUGCCUCACUUCCGGAGUAUCAUUUACCAUAUAUACCUUUUGUGGAAAACAAAGUAUUUCAGGAAAAGUAACUUUUGUACAUAAUACAAGGGUUAGCAGAGUACACACUAUAGGGCCACAUGGAGUCCAUCACCUAUCUUUGUGCUGCCUGUGAAUCAAGUGAGGACAUUUCUAAACGUCUGGGGGUAGGGGAGGACUUACAACAUGAAACUGCAGUUUCAAUGUCCCCAAGAUGAUAAUGGGAACACAGUGAGGCUUGCUCAUUUACAUAUUAUGAAGUUACUUUUGUGUCACAAUGGGAACUGAGUAGCCUCGAGAACCACAGAGCCUGCAAUGGCAGGGGUGUUUACUCUCUUGCCGUGAAGGUCUCGUCCCUAAACAGGGCCGAGCCCCGGCAGAGCAAUGCACACAGCCUUUCCUGAGGGAGGCCGUGGACAGCGUGGGGCAGUUCUGAGCUAACAGGCUCUACCUCACUCUGGUUUAUUACUCAUUCUUUGGUAGUUGUUAAACUGAAAGGAAAUGGCCAUUUAAUCCAAUUCACUUCUGAAAGAACACUUGUCUUUAUUAGUCUGGCUUUUGACUUCACCCUUUGCCGAAGAAGAUCUUGGUAUUAAGUGAGCAACCUUUUUCCAUCUAAAAAUUUCUAUGUGUUCAUUGUUAAGAGACUAUAACUGAUGAAGUGUAGGGUCUCAAUGAUCCUAGAUCAGAUCAUUAAAAAACCUUAUUUGGAGGACUUAUCAUUUUUGACUGAUAUAGCUCUCCAGCAUUAAUUAUAAAAUCUAAAACUGGUACAUAUGUUACAUGUUUUAUAAUGAAUUUUACCUGGUCUAAUUUAUUGCAUAUACCAGCUUUCAUUGAAAAAACUGGUGGCUAAAAAAUGAAAGGAAGACCGUCCUAGCAUGCUUCCUAUAGGUGAGGACCAGGGUGAGGUCAUGCAGAUGACUAAUGGUGUGCUCGGACCCUGCACCUCCUGCCUCUGGCUGCAGCUCUCAGCCUCUGCAGGACUAAGUCACAGAAUAGUGGAAGCUAGUGACUGCCAUCUGGGAGCUGCAGGGUGAGGAGGAAGCAGUGGAGGGAACUUAGAGACACUUCACAUUCCAUGUGGGUCCUCUACUGUGCCAGCCUGUGCCCGUUAUUACAAGACAGAAGUGCAAAUCAAGUGAUGUUAGUACAAGGUCAUUACAACCAACCCCCCAAAGUCUACGCUGUUAGUUUUCUGUGUCAGCUAAUGGUUUGAAAUGCUUUUCAAGAUGCAAACUUAAUAUUAAAAGGCAUAUGCAUGUGAAGUCUUUAGUAUGUUUAUUGUAUAAAGAGUAAACAAAGUGCAUAUAGAGCGAGACACAGGUUUGACGUAAACAGGGCUAUGGUGAUAUACAGCAACUAAACCAAUUUAAAUGGCAACUGUACUACUGUUGCUACUAAACUGAUAUUGAAUUCUUUGGGAAAAGGGCUCAAAAGGUGAAAAAAUAUCAAACAAGUAUUAAACAGCAUUAAUAAGUU